CAAAGAUACAUUGACAGGGGAGAUCACCGUGAGGGCUGCCUGUCACAGGUCCAUGAGGAAGAGUGAAAAGCCGCACAGCAUGAGAAUAGGGAAAGAUGGUGUUAAAGCACACCGUACCAGUGAUAGUGGUCCAAAGUCACUGCUCCUAUGUUGCAGGAAGUGCUCUGUGCAAUCAUCUGGUGGCCCUUCUUUACCAGACAGCGCACUACUCUCAACUAAACCACCAGUUCACAGCUGCACAGACACAGAACAGCAUUGGCACAAGCCAAGAACACUUAAGUUCUCUCUACAAAGCACUCAAUGGAUACAUGCCUGACAUGGACUUUCUCCGCGUCUCAGAAACGUAUGCCAACUUUUCUCCACUUCCUGCCCCUCUUGGGACAACAAUGGAAAUGUCAGCUGACGUGCCCCUGGUUGAGUCCUCCUUUGGGCCAGUGCAAUGCGGCAGUGUUCUGUCCUAUCAGCUUCCACAGCCAAAGACCCAUGAAAUUGUGAAGAUUGCCGAUGCCCCUUCUCCACCAAUACUUCCAUUAGAUGGCUACAGGCUUCAGGCUUCCCAGUGUGCUUACGUCCUUAGCCAUCAGGAGCAGUUCCACCUCAAGGCAUUAGAGACAACCUACGAGAUAUCACAAAGUCGAGGUUGCUACAAGGGAGCAGAGCAGCAGCCCGGAAUGGCAUCAGCUCAGGAAAAUGAGAAUAACAUCCUCUCGUUUCCGAGAGGUUUGCCAUGUCUGGGGAGAGACCUCAGCUGACCACCUAGCUGAGCGUAUGUUCAAGGAAUCUGGGAUCUGGAUGCAGACCAUGGAGAUGGAGAAGGGGCUAGCCAUGGAGCCAGUGGCUGUACAGGAGUACUGCACACUGAAGAAUGUUAACUUCUUUCCGUGUGGCUACGUAGUGCACCCAGGUGCUCCGUGGUUAGGAUCCUCUCCAGGUGGAAUCAUAUUUGAUCGCAGUGUGAGACCACACUUUGGACUCUUAGAGGUCAAGUUGACUGCCCUUACCUGAAGAUACAGAAUGGAGAGCUGAAGUUGAAGAGAUCUCAUGCUUACUACUGGCAGGUGAAAGGUCAAAUCCUUCUCACAGGUUGUAGCUGGUGUGACUUUGUAAUCUGUGCACAGGAGGACAUCCUAGUUGAAAGGAUAUUUAAAGAUCUACAGGUUUAAAAAACUAUAAGAGAGAAGGUUGACCACUUAUUUUUACCACUACUUGCAGAAGUGUCUCUCGCACCUGAAUGGAUCCCCUGCAUGGGCGCCAAGUUUAGUGGUUUUAUGAAAAAUAAGUAUUGAUGUUCUUCUAUAGUAGAAUAGAUUUGUUUUAAAAAAUGUAUUUCAGCAAAUGUUCAACAGUUCAGUUAAUCAAUUACACAUAUCUAACAUUGUAUUAAAUCUUGCAUUCUGGCUGUACUGUGUUACUUGAUUUCUUUCCCCCACCCCUGUCACUCAUUGUCUAAUUAAAGCCAAUA